GGACUGUUCCUGUCCAUGUACCUGGUCACAGUGCUUGGGAACCUGCUCAUCAUCCUGGCUGUCAGCUCUGACCCCCACCUCCACACCCCUAUGUAUUUCUUCCUCUCCAACCUGUCCUUGACAGACAUCUGUUUCAUCUCCACCACAGUCCCUAAGAUGAUUGUGGACAUCCAGACUCACAGCAGAGCCAUCUCCUAUAUGGGCUGCCUGACACAGAUGUCCCUUUUUGCCAGUUUUGUCUGUAUGGAUGACAUGCUUCUGACUGUGAUGGCCUAUGACCGGUUUGUGGCCAUCUGUCACCCCCUGCGAUAUCCAGUCACUAUGAACCCUGGUUUCUGUGGCUUCUUAGUCACGGUGUCUUUAUUAAUUAGCCUUUUCAACUCCCUGUUGCACAGUUUGAUUAUACUACAGUUUGUGUACUUCAAGGAUGUGGAAAUUUCUAACUUCUUCUGUGACCCUUCUCAACUCCUCAAUCUUGCCUGUUCUGAUACUUUUACCAAUAACAUAGUCAUUUAUAUUAUAAUUGGCAUAUUUGGCUUUCUUCCCAUCUCGGGGAUCCUUUUCUCUUACUGUAAAAUUGUUUCCUCCAUUAUGAGGAUCCCAUCCUCAGAGGGGAAGUACAAAGCCUUCUCCACCUGUGGGUGUCACCUGGCAGUUGUUUGUCUAUUUUAUGGAACAGGUAUUGUAGAGUACCUUGGCACAGCUGUCUCACAUUCUCCCAGGAAGGGUGCAGUGGCCUCAGUGAUGUACACUGUGGUCAGCACCAUGCUGAACCCCUUCAUCUACAGCCUGAGGAACAGGGACAUUAAAAGUGCCCUGAGGAGAACACAGAGCAGAACAGUCCAAUCUCAGGACCUGCAGCAUAUAGUUAGAAGGUAGGCUAGAAAAACUGCAGCAAAAGCUAGCCUCUACAAAUGUAUUCCUUCUCCCUCUUUACAUUAUUUUUGUAGACCACAUAUAUGCUCUGAUGUUUGAUAAUAGUGUUGCAUUAGCCAGGGGUAGAAUCAGAAUAAGUAUGUAGUUGUGCCAAUGGGUACAAAUUUUCAGAUCAGCAAGAUGAAAAUUUUCUGGAAAUGGACAAUGGUAAUGGUUAAACAACAAAAGGAAUGUAAUUGAUACUACUGAUCUAUGCACAUAAAAUUGGUAAAAAUGGAAGUUGAUGUUUCCUGUAUAUUUUAUCACAAGAAAUAGA